GCGCGCUUGCCGCGCGCCACUCAGCAGCAUCUGCUCCUUCGGAAGGUUUCGUAUCUGUACAUCAGUCGGAACCCAGCAGUUGUUGGAGUUGGAGUGUCGUUGACGUUAUUUUCGCUAUCGCCGCCGAGUAUCGCUCCUUGUCUUCCUGCAGCAAAAAAUUUUUAAUGUUAACAUGGGAGCUGUCAUUCCAACAUAAUGAGCAAACAAUGUUUUAACUCUGUUUUAUAGAUAGAAAAAGGUGCCAUAAACUUACUUCUAUUUGUUGCUUAAUAUGAAGUGGAAAGGAUAAUUAUAGCAAUGGCAGACAAAAGUAAGAAAUUAUCACGUUGGUAUUUUGGUGGUGUUUCCUCCGCAGCUGCUGCUUGUGUGACUCACCCUUUGGAUUUACUGAAGGUUCACCUGCAAACUCAACAGGAAGGCAAAAUAUCAAUAGUGCAUUCGACAAUUGGAAUAAUUAGGAAACAGGGAAUAUUAGCUUUAUACAAUGGACUCAGUGCUUCCCUGCUUCGUCAACUGACGUAUUCCACAAUAAGAUUCGGAGCGUACGAGGUCGGCAAGCAGACGCUCGAGACACCCGACCGUCCAUUACCAUUUUAUCAAAAGCUACUGCUGGCCGGAGUUUCCGGUGCUACAGGCGGCGUUUUCGGGACUCCUGGCGAUGUCAUUAACGUACGCAUGCAGAAUGAUAUCAAAUUACCGUCCGAACUGAGAAGAAACUACAAGCAUGCUUUGGAUGGAUUGUUCCGUGUAAUUCAGCAAGAAGGGGUUCGUCAGUUGUUCAGCGGAUGUUCCACCGCCACCAUGAGAGCAGUGCUGAUGACUAUUGGACAAUUGAGCUUUUACGAUCAAAUAAAAACAACAUUGCUACAAACUGGCUAUUUUCGGGAUAAUCCAUCAACGCACGUUUUAUCCAGCGUGUCGGCUGGCGCAAUUGCGACAACGCUUACGCAACCUUUAGAUGUUCUGAAAACACGAGCAAUGAACGCUAAACCCGGAGAAUUUAAAAGUCUGAUGGAAAUCUUCCUACAUACUGCCAAACUUGGGCCACUGGCUUUCUUUAAAGGCUAUGUACCUGCAUUUAUCCGAUUAGCGCCACAAACUAUCCUUACAUUUGUGUUCCUCGAACAGCUUAGAUACAAUUUUGGGUUUUAUCCAGAAUCAGUGAAGCCGUCGUUAUAAAUCUGGAUGGCUUUGAUGAGCAAAACCUAUAGCAAAAUUUUAAAACAAAUUUACAUUACAUGACGAAUGGCACAGGGUACAAAUGGACGGAAGUGUCAAGCCUCGCUAUAAAUAUGAAGAAAUGGUGAUUCACACAAAACAUUUACUACUUAGAAAUGAUUAUUUAUAUGUGCUAUCACGCAUACAUAGUCAAAUUAUUUAAUUAAAUAAGUUUUUGUUAGGUUUUUAUCCAGAAAUUGAAAAAUAUUUUAGUAAUUAUAAUAUUUAGUCUUACGGAUUAUUGUAUCUUCCAAUCGAUGCAUUCCAUGUAUUAAUGUGAUAUACGCUUGGACGUAUGUUAUACACGUGCGUGCACGCACAUAUAGACAUAUAAUUUGUGUGCAUAUAUAUACACAUUUAUACAAAUUUAUAUUUAGUUAUAUCAUCUUUUGCGUGCGCACAGUGAUUUUGUUAGUACAAAUAACAGAGGAUAUAUAUAUUUAUCUAUAAAUAUUGGCUUGUACAAGUGGUUUCUUCCAAUACAGCAUGGAAUAUUCUAUGAAUGUUCUACGAAUAUUCUUUAGAAUAUUAAUCUAAUAAUUAAUCUAAGAAUUAAUAAUAUUAAUCUAAAAACACAAAGCAACGAAAAUGAAACAAAAGAAAAAAAUUUAUCACGAAGCACAAAAGAAAUGAUUGUUAAGAUAAAUGAUUGUUUUACAUGUGUAAAUAUUCGUGUAAAUAUGUAAUAUAUUAUAUAUUAUAAUAUAUUGUAAUAUAUUGUAAUAUAUUAUAUAUUAUAUAAUAUACAUAUCCGGCGGAUAUGCAUGUUGUGUGGAUAGUAACGUAACGUUAAUAUUAUUUUAACUGAAUAUUUACACAUGUACUUUACGAUCCUUUCUUUUGUGCUUCGUGAUAAAUUUUUUUCUCUUCCAUUUUCGUUACUUUGUGUUUUUUGUGCGCCCGACGUCGCAGGAAAUUGUAAUGAUGCAACGGGCCCCGUCGCCUCGCCCGGAGAUGACAUGCUGGAAUUUACUGUUGUGCGCUUUUUUUGUGCAUCUUGGCGCCCUGUAAUUGGACUGCUUUCAGACUCGGAUAUAACGCCUGGCGAGAGUGCGCAAUCUUUGGGCGCAAAAAGUAGAUUGAUGACCUUGUGGGCGAAAUGUUCAUAAAACAUUUGUAGAUCAUUCGAGAAUAUUUAUAAAAAUUUCUAGCGGGACAUCACAUGUUCUUUGCACAUUCAUAAAACACUCAUAGGAUAUUCAUAAAUAUUCUUUAGAAUAUUCGUAGAACAUUCAUAGAAUAUUCCAUGCUGUAUGGGUUAUUAAGGCUUCACAUAGCCUCAUUAAGGCUUCACUUCAUUUAUUUCACAAAUGUUAUAUCUACAGUGAACGGAAUUGCCAAUGAAAUGUAUAGUACAAUUCACGAAAGAGUUUUAGGUGAAAAGAUUAUAACAAAUGUAUUUUUUUUAAUUACAAAAAGAAUGUGUAUACGAAAAUAUAUUAUUGCUUAAACAGCGUGAAUAGGUUGCGACAAUGUAAAAUAUUUUGAUGACAGAUGCAUUGCCAUUAAAUUUUUUAACCACCUGCACUACUUACGAGAGUGAAAAUACGAAAUAUAUAUUUUUAAUCUUUUAUAAUCUUUCAGUGAAUUAUGCGUUCAUGUCACCCGCUUUGUUUCAAACAAUUGACGAAUGACAGAAAUUGUAAAAUUAUAAUAUAAAAAUAAAUGCAUGUUUAAAAU